AUGUCUCCCCCCGCUGCUAUCUUUGAGCCUGCCACUGUCGCCCCUACUGGCAUCAAGGGCAAGGUGACCGUCCCCGAGACGGUGUCCACCACCUUGACCGGCCAGGGCCAGUCCAAGCUGCUGGAGCAGUUCGGCGGCAAAUGGGAUGAGUUCAAGUUCGCCCCGAUCCGCGAGAGCCAGGUCUCGCGCGCCAUGACCCGGCGCUACUUUCAGGACCUGGACAACUACGCCGAGAGCGAUGUUGUCAUUGUCGGCGCCGGGUCGUGUGGUCUGAGCACCGCCUACGUGCUCGCCAAGGCGCGCCCUGACCUGAAGAUUGCCAUUCUGGAGGCUUCUGUGUCGCCGGGUGGCGGUGCCUGGCUGGGUGGCCAGCUCUUCUCGGCCAUGGUCCUGCGCCGACCCGCCGACGCUUUCCUGACGGAGCUGGGCGUGCCCUUCGAAGAGGAGCCGUCGAACCCGAACUUCGUGGUCGUCAAGCACGCCGCGCUGUUCACGUCGACGCUGCUGUCACGGGUUCUGUCGUUCCCGAACGUCAAGCUGUUCAACGCAACCUGCGUCGAGGACCUGAUCACACGCCCGGACCCCAGCACCAACGACGUGCGCCUGGCCGGUGUGGUGGUCAACUGGACGCUGGUGACGCUGCACCACGACGACCACUCGUGCAUGGACCCCAACACGAUCAACGCACCCAUCAUCGUCAGCACGACGGGCCACGACGGACCCUUCGGCGCGUUCUGCGCCAAACGGCUCGUCUCCAUGAACGCCAUCGAGAAGCUCGGCGGCAUGCGCGGCCUCGAUAUGAACGCUGCCGAGGACGCUAUCGUCAAGAACACCCGUGAGGUCACCAAGGGUCUCAUCAUUGGUGGUAUGGAGCUGUCGGAGAUCGACGGCUUCAACCGCAUGGGCCCUACUUUCGGCGCUAUGGCUAUGAGUGGUGUUAAGGCCGCUGAGGAGACCCUGCGUGUCUUCGAUGACCGCAAGCGCGAGUGCGCUGAGUAA